AGCAUAUAAAAUUUGAGAGCUAUGAAUUUCAUCUCUGACUUUUUAUUCAAAGAAAACCAGGAGAAAGUUUUAUCAGUUUUUUUUUUUGUUUCUUUAUAACUUAUUUCAUCUAGCAUUUUAUUAUCAUGUUGCCUAUGCUUAAUUUUAUUUUAUAUUCAUAAUUUAUAUUAUGAAAAUAAUAUUUCUAUUUCUUAUGUUUUUUUAUCUUAAAUCAAUAAUAAAUUUAUGUAAGUCUUUCUUAUUUUUAUAGAUUUAAUUCCAUGCAAUAUACUAAAAUCACACUAAUAAAUAAAUUUAUAUUGUUUAAAAGUUAAAAUAUUUUUAAGUUAAUCACUCCGCGCAAGGUGCGGAUUACCACCUAGUUUUUAUUAAAAAUGUAAAUAAAAACAUCAUGUAACACAGAAACAUCAUUUUGUUAAAACAAAAUCAGUGCAAACAAUAGAAAAUAAUUGAAGGGGCCAGCUCAAAAAAGAGUUUAAGCUCUUAGCAUUUAUGUUUAUUUAAAAUUUAAUUAUAUCAAAAAUUAUCAUCAAUAUAUUUAUAAAAUUUGUGAGGAAAACAAAUUAUGUAAUGUAAAAAUAUUUUUGGGGCCUUUUUUAACUAAAUUUAAUAAAUAAAAAUAUGUAUAUAUAUAUACAUAUAAAAAAAAUUAAAAUCUUUAACUAUUAAAAUACAGCGGGACACGAAUUUGGAUUUGAAACGGUCGCACCGUUUGUCUCCCAAUGUUAAUCGGCCAUGUGCAGAAUCCCAAUAGUAUUUAGCAACUCCUUGAGAGUCUCUUUAGCAACUCCUUGAGGAUCAAAGGAUGCAUCGACGUGCGUUACACUUUGCGAAACCAUCUGGAGGCCUAGUCCAAACCGGAACACGUUUACUUAGAGAUUGAAUAAAACGAUUCUCAUGUUGAUCCAAAGAUGGUUCAAAUGCAGAGGUCGCAGUUGCGGUCGCGGGAAUUGGCGGAUGCGGAUGGUUGCGGUUUCUAGCGGGUUUAAAAGAUUUGUACGACUGGUUCAACAGUUAGAAAUUGAUGCGUUUGCGGUUAGUUAAGACUGGUUAACUACCAAAUGCAUUAGCGUUAAAUAAUAAAUUAACAAUAUUUACAUUUUAUAUAAUUAUAAAAAUAUCAAAAACCAUUAUAUUAUAAUAAAUAUAAAAAUUAUAUUUAGAAAGUUAUAGUUUUAAAUUUUUUAAAAUUAUUGAAAUAUUUUUAUUUUUAAAUUUUGUAAUAUUAAUAAAAAUAUAAUAAAUAUAUUUUAGUAUUUUUAUAAUUAUAAUUUAAAUUUUUUAGUGAAAUUUUUGUUUUUGUAUAUAUAUAUAUAUAUUAAAUUAUUCUCUCGCAGCCACAAACGUUAGCUGAAACGAGCUUUUGAAUUUAUGAAGUUUAAAACGAUUUGAAUCGCAGAAACCAAUCAUACCCUAAAUAUAGAUUGUGUGCAACCGUUGGGCAGACAGUAUCCGAUUAUGCUCCACUAACAUUUUAUGAAGGUAAAAAGAGGAGAUAGUUACGUACGUGAUUUCUAAAUCUUGCAUAAAAUUCAAAUAGGCAGAAGUCAAUCAUGCAAAAAGAGAUCAGGAUAACCCAUAGAUUUUCCUCAAUGAAUCAACAGAGUUGAAAGUAGCUUAACUGAUAUACCAGACAUUCAUCCAACUAUUGUACGGUUUGUUAUACGUUCUUGUUGAACCAUAACGACAAAACUGUUUGACUCAGUAACCAGAAUCAAACACACAAACUCGCUGAUACACUCUCUGUUAAGAAAGUUGAGUUUGUAGAAUAAUCGAGAUAGGAAGAAGAAUGCGGAAAAGAUAGAAGAUGGACACAAGAAAUUGUUUACCCAGUGGUUCACCUAGAAUGGUUUACGUCCACUGUGGCCUGGCAAGAGGCAAUCUACUAUAAUCUCAAGUACAAAGAAUAUAGAACAUUUAUUUCUCUCACAACCAAAGCUCACAAACCAAGCUAGGUCUUUUCUUGGACAAAGGAAAAAGAGUACACACGAGCUCCUCUUAUAUAGUAGGAGUCUAUUAAGUUAACUUAGUCAGAUUAUGGCAUUCACCCCUUUCCAUAAACAUAUUAGGAAAUAUUCUAAAAUACUUGUAACUUUCAUAACUCCAUGAAAGUAAUAUUUCCAGGAUCUUGCCGACUUCUAUAUAUCCAUAAAAGUGGCAUUUCUUUUUCGACGUUAUUGUCUUAGUUUAAGUUACUCAAUCUUGUUUAAUUUUCAUCACCAAAUCCUGACACAGUCUAUGACAGAUUAUCUGACGUAGCCACCGAUGAAUCUUAACAGUUCUAGAACAGAAAAAAAUUAAUAUGGAGGGGUUUUGUAAUAUUUGUAAUUGAUGAACCGAACGAUCAUUCGGUGAGAUAUAAACUUCAAGUUGAGUUUAUAGCACAUGCACAUAUUAAAAUUAGAAAUAAACUUAGGUGUGAGUACCCAUACUUCUAUGUGGGUAGCAGUCAUGCAUUCAUAUAAAAAUUGAAUUUGUUGAUAAUGUGCAAGAUGGGGAAGUAACACACGAGUUAUAUGAUUCUGCAAGGUUUUUACCAUAUUUAUUUACAAUAUUGGAGGAUUCUAAUUCGUUAGCUGGGGGGAAAUUAAUAUUCAUGUACUCCCUCUGUUUUUAAAAGAUGCAUAUUUUAGACUUUUCAUAUAUAUUAAGAAAAUUCAUUAAAUAUGCAUUGUUUUUUGUGAAUAACAAUUUUCCAUAAUUUUUAGCUAAUAGAAAUUCAAUAAACACAAUUAAUUUUUUUGAAACUUACAAUUUUUCAUAAAAUCAUAUAUUGAAAAAGUAAAAAAUAUAUCUUUUGGAUAUAAUAGUUUUCCCCACAUUAAUCUCUCUUCUUCUCUUCUGCCUUAAUCGAACUCAUCAUGAGGUGAAGGUAACAAAUCCAGUUACACGGGUUACAUAAAGUAUAUGAAAUGAAUAUAUGAUUCCCUAUUCUAAUAUACACAACUGUAGUCAGCCAAUUUUUCAUUGUGACAACUUUUAAAGAAUUUUAAUUAUGUUCUAUUUACAAAAGUAAAGACAAUUUCUUUUGUCAAAACAAAGAAAUAUAUAUUUUAUGAGUUUGAUCAUUAUUAAUACGAAUUCUUUUCAAAUGUCACGUCAGAAAAUCAUGUAUAUAUAUCCUAUGGUAUUAGAAGGCACGUCGUCGUGUACAGAUUUUGCAACUUCGUCAAAUUAAAUUAGUUAAGAAAUCAAUUUGCAACAAAGAUCCAAAUCAAAAUCUUGUGGAUUAAAUAUUAUAAUGCCAAUGCGAUUGUAAAUAAAUCUUUACAAUAAACCGGGAGGGGACCCACACAUACUCUACUUUUAUGUACAGGUCGAUAUCCGCCGUUCAGAAACAUAAAUCAACGGCUCUGAUCACAUUAACACCUCUAAUACAAGAUGCACCGUCAUACACGUGAUCCAAACACAGUAUCCCUCUCGCACGAUCUUUAUUUUUCUCCUCCUUCUGAUUUACAAAAAAGAAAUAAAAAUAUUUUCUCUGUGUGAUGCAUUUAUUGAUUUCUUAUUUGUAUUAAUAAAUUUUGAAACGGUGAAUUUAUACAGAGAGAAAAUCUUGAAACCUUCAAAAACUUUUGAAUGAAUAUCCUUUUUUGCCUCAGCUGAAUUGUUCAUUCUCUUCACUCAGCGGUCAGUUUCCUUGCGUCUCUGAUCGUUGGUUUUCCGAGGAAAUUUUCACUUUGGCAUCAUUGUGAUUGGUCUUCGUUAUCAAAGUGACGAAAUGCCGAGCAUCAGAGCUCCCGUUGCUAAGAAGACGACGACACUAACGGUCGCUGUGAAAUGUAGACCGUUAAUGGAGAAAGAACGUGGAAGAGACAUCGUUCGAGUGAAUAACUCUAAGGAGGUGAUAGUGUUGGACCCUGACUUAUCGAAGGACUACCUUGACCGGAUUCAGAAUCGGACUAAAGAGAAGAAGUAUUGUUUUGAUCAUGCCUUUGGCCCUGAGAGCACCAACAAGAAUGUGUAUAGGAGUAUUUCUUCUGUGAUCUCUGGGGUUGUUCAUGGACUCAACGCUACAGUGUUUGCCUAUGGUUCAACUGGAAGCGGCAAAACAUACACAAUGGUUGGAACACGAAGUGACCCUGGACUGAUGGUUCUCAGCCUGAAUACCAUAUUUGACAUGAUUAAGUGCGACAAGAGCUCUGAUGACUUCGAAGUGACUUGCUCCUAUCUUGAAGUCUACAAUGAAGUUAUAUACGAUCUGCUUGAAAAAUCAUCCGGUCAUUUGGAGCUCAGAGAGGAUCCGGAGCAGGGAAUAGUAGUUGCUGGCCUGCGAUCAAUCAAGGUUUAUUCUGCCGAUCGAAUUCUUGAACUGCUGAACUUAGGGAACAGUAGACGAAAAACUGAGAGCACUGAGAUGAACAGUACAUCAUCGAGGUCCCAUGCAGUUCUGGAGAUUGCAGUAAAAAGAAGGCAAAAUAAUCAAAAUCAAGUUGUGAGAGGGAAACUCGCUCUUGUAGAUCUUGCCGGCAGUGAAAGAGCAGCUGAGACGAACAAUGGAGGUCAGAAACUGAGGGAUGGAGCUAAUAUUAAUCGCUCACUCCUUGCUCUAGCAAAUUGCAUAAACGCCUUGGGGAAGCAACACAAAAAGGGUCUUGCUUACGUCCCAUACAGAAACAGCAAACUUACGCGUAUUCUUAAAGAUGGUUUGAGUGGGAACUCCCAGACGGUGAUGGUUGCAACUGUAUCACCUGCUGAUACUCAGUAUCAUCAUACUGUGAACACACUGAAAUAUGCUGACCGAGCCAAAGAGAUCAAGACCCACAUUCAGAAAAAUAUUGGUACCAUCGACACUCAUAUGUCAGACUACCAACGAAUGAUCGACAAUCUUCAAAGUGAGGUUUCUCAGCUGAAGAAGCAACUAGCAGAAAAGGAGUCGCAGCUUAGCAUCAUACCUUUUGAAAGAGGUGUUGAACGUGAACUUUCGUGGUUGGAUGGUUUAAGUCACCAGAUCAGUGAAAAUGUUCAGGAACGUAUAAACUUACAGAAGGCAUUAUUCGAGCUGGAAGAAACUAACCUCAGGAACCGUACUGAACUUCAGCAUCUCGAUGAUGCCAUUGCGAAACAAGCGACAGAGAAGGAUAUUGUCGAGGCUCUAAGUAGCAGACGUCAAGUAAUACUUGAUAAUAUCAGAGACAAUGAUGAAGCCGGUGUUAACUACCAGAGAGAAAUAGAAGAAAAUGAAAAGCAUCGUUGCAAACUACAGGAUAUGCUCAAUGAAGCAAUAAAUAACAAUGGAAACAAAACUUAUCUGCACAUUCUCAACCAGUACAAGCUUCUGGGGAUGGGUAAUACCGAACUACAGUUCGAAAUGGCAAUGAGGGACCAAAUCAUUUACAACCAGAGGGAAGCCCAGAGAAACCUAUGGAAUCUGCUCAUGGGUUUAGGAGUCGAAGAGAAACAAGUGUUCGACCUCGCUGCAAAACAAGGAAUAACCAUCGAAGACUGGAGUAUGGCAUCGUAUCCCGGACUUCCUUACAGGAAACAGGCACCGAGCAUCAUACCAGCAAACAUUCCUUAUAUGGGCCAUUCAUAUUCUCAAUCCUCAUGCACUUUCCAGAGCUACAAUCAAGAUGCUGCUUCCAAAGGACAACAAUGGGCUCCAACUCCUACUUUGUGCAGAGAGGAACAUCACAGCUCUUACUACUUCAUGGGACACGAGCCACCUGCAUUUGCCAGUCUUAGGAAAAGCCAUGGUGGUGGUGGCAGACCAGCUCCAUGGAUCGACACAGGAGGAGCCAAUCAUCGCCGAGUCUCUUAUCCACAAACAGUAAACAAUUCUUCCCACAUGGGUCCCAGUUUUUACCAGACUCCACAAAGGGAAAUGCUGGUCAACACCCCGAGUCCUUAUGGUAGCCCACGAGCUGACAGGGCCACCACCCCGGCCGGGCAGCCUUUCUAUGGAAGCCCUCGAGGCAUUGCCGCCGUGAGAAACGGUUCAUGCAACAGCCCCCGCGUGGCCACUGCAGUGUCAGCAUCCAAUGGUGCAAGAAACCAACAGAGAGUUUACGGGACGAGCCCGCUUUCGGGAACCAAAAGUGUGAAGAACGCGUCUUACGGACAGAACAGCCACACAAAGCUGUAUAGAGGAGGAGGAGGCAGUAAAGUUCAUAAUAAAGGAAACAAAACUCAACGCCAACACCAUUGACAACAUGACACGUUGGGUGGUUUAAGUUUUCAAGUUAGUUCGGAGGCACAGUUUUAGAGAAACGCCUCACACUCAGUCUUUCCACUCUCAACAUGACUUGUUUUGUGUUUUCGUUUUGGGUUUGGUUUGUACAGCUAUUUGCACGGUAUUGGGAUAAUUCUGAUUUUUGAUUGAUUGAUCAUGUGUGUAUAUAUAUAUGGAAACAAGUAAAAACAAAAACGGAAAUUAACUUUCCAUUUUUGGGCAA